CAAUAAUUGAUAAAACAAAAGUAGAGCCAGAUACAGCGAGAUAUUUGUGGGUCCUAUAUUCUUUGGUCUGAUGUUCCUUGUGGGUUCUAAUUUUUAAUUGUUUAUUAAAAUAUUUCCUUUAUUUACAAGAGUACAUCUUCCAAAAUGAUGAACCCACAAUCAACAUACGCAAUUCAAAGUACUGCUGGAGCAGUCCCUAUCAGAAAUGAAAAAGGUGAACUGUCUAUGCAAAAGGUGAAAGUUCACAGGUAUAUCUCUGGAAAGAGGCCAGAUUAUGCUCAAGAAGCACAUACAGACAGUGAUUCAGGAGAAGAAGAUUUUUUGGAGAAAAGAACUCAGUUAGUUACAGUUCCAUCUCCAGAACCUAUAAGAACUGACGAAGAUGAUUUGAAUGAUCCACGUUUAAGAAGAUUAAAGAUUGCUGAGACCAAUACGGAAGUUAGACCUGAGAGGAGAAGACAUGUCUUGGAGCCAGAAGUACUGGAAUCAUCUGAGGAGGAGGAAGAAGAAAUUCAUUUGGCUGAACAUAAACAUACACUUGAAGCUGCUCCUGAUGAUGAUGAAUCUGAGGUUGAACUCAGUGAUUCUGAAAUUGAGAAAAGGAGAGAGUCUUUGAAAAAGAAAAUGUUGACUAAACAAGAAGAUGAGUUUAUGCUAAAAGAAGAAGAAAAAGUUGACUCUUCAUCAGAUGAAGAAUCUUCAGAAUAUGAAGAAUAUUCUGAGUCAGAAGAGGAAACAGGUCCCAGGUUAAAACCAGUUUUUGUCAGAAAAAAAGAAAGAGUUACUAUAAUAGAAAAGGAAAAAGAGGCUCAAAGGCAAAAGAAAGCGGAAGAAGACGCGCAACGCAGCGCAGAAGAACGAAGAAGGCAAACCCUCAAAAUGGUAGAAGACACUAUCCGCAAAGAACAACAAAAGGAUAAGACAACAAAUGAACCAAGUAUUGAUGAUGUUUGUACAGAUGACGACAACGACGAAGUAGAGUAUGAAGCUUGGAAGUUGAGAGAACUGAAAAGAAUUAAAAGAGAUAGAGAAGAAAGAGAAGCAAUAGAAAAGGAAAAACUGGAGAUCGAUAAACUAAGAAACCUUACAGAAGAAGAAAGAAGGUUACAGUUAAGAUUAGUACCGAAGAAUGUAACGAAUAAAGCUGUCAAAGGAAAAUAUAAGUUCUUGCAGAAAUACUAUCAUAGAGGGGCGUUCUAUCUAGAUAAGGAAGAUGAUGUGUACAAAAGAGAUUUUACUCAGGCAACUUUGGAGGAUCACUUUGAUAAGACUAUUCUUCCCAAGGUUAUGCAAGUUAAGAACUUUGGUAGGUCUGGCAGGACAAAAUAUACCCAUUUGGUUGAGCAAGAUACAACUAAAUUUGAUUCUCCAUGGUCUGUAGAAAAUACCCAGAAUAUCAAGUUCCAUUCACAACAGGCGGGUGGAAUUAAGCCAAUGUUUGAAAAACCAUCACUUAAAAAGAGGAAAACAUAAAAUGUGAUUUUUAAACAGUGGUUUUACAAAAGAAGUGACUUUUAUUCGCAGGGAUCUGUAGAGCCGAAAAUAGUGUAAAUAAAAUAUUUUAUAAGAUUAUGUGUAUUUAAAUAAACUUAUGAUUUAAAUAAAUUCGUUGUUAGUUUA